CUUUCCUAUGUAAUCAGUAAAUAAUGAAUGUAGUCUUUGUUACGCACUAGCCUAUUAUGUAUGGAGAUAGUACAUGGUAUUUUAGAAAAAACAAUAACGUAUGGUGUGCUAUAGGAUACAGCUGUUGUACUUCUAAUAAUCCUGCAACGCGUUGAAAUUACUUUGGUGUUCAGUCUUCUGAUUAGUGUACAUCGAAAUUCGUAAUUAAUAACUUUUCUUCCUUGUAAGUCGCAAAUUAGAUGAACGCGUUUUUUACAACUAUUGCAUUUGGCGAGAUUCAGAAAGAAUAAACUAUGGCUGAGAGUUCGAGUUUGUGGUCAACCAAACAAAGGAUACGACACUUGGACUUACCGAUAAAGAAUUUCGUUGACAAUGCAAUACCGCAUCAAGUGGAAAGUUUGAAAACAUUGAAAAUUAAUCUCUCUAAACAAAAGCGAUUAGAAGAUCGUAACAGCAUACGACAGAUUAAAGUUAAAGCUUCACAAUCUAUCAAGCGAGCCCAUGCGCUCCUCAGGGAGAUGGACACUUUACGCAAUCAGGUUGCUGAUGCAGAUUUGCAAACAUUUGACAAUUGUAUGAGUCCAAGUAGACAAAAUAUUUUGGAGGCAAUUGAUUUGUUUAAAAAUGAAAAUUUAGAUGAAAAAAAAUCUGUUGUACAACAAGAAGAUAGUAACAGUGAAAAUAGUGUUAGGUUAGAGGAAGAAAAUCGUCAACGUUUGUUAUUGGUGUCAAUUCAGGAAGAAAAAGAAAAACAAGCACGAAUGUUAGCCAUUGAAUCUGAUGUAAAAAAUGUUGAACGAGACAUGCAAGAUAUUCAAGUUCUAUUUCGGGACCUUGGCAAACUCGUUCAUGAUCAAAAAGAAAGCGUAGAUCAUAUUAAUACUCAUGUGGAAACAGCUCAAGAUAAUGUUAUACAAGCUGAGCAAUCACUAAGAAAAGCAGCCAAGUUUAAGAAAAUGUCCUAUCCUUUAAUUGGAGCAGUAGUCGGUUCUUGUGUAGGUGGUCCAUUAGGAUGCUUGGCUGGAGCUAAAGUUGGAGUUGUUGCGACUGUAACAUGUUUUGUACUCGGCUUUACUGGUGGUAAAGUUCUAAAAGAAAAAUCAGAGGUUGUAGAAGAAACAAGUGACAAGACCAACGAAUUACUUAAUCAAGCUGUAAUUAUUAAGUCACACAAUGAGUGACAAUUAAAUAAUGUUUGUAUUGGCAUGACAUGCUACAAAGAGUUGACCAACAGCAACACGGCUAAUUAUACAGUUCCAUUUUUUUACUUUAACAUUGUUACUUACAAUGAUAAUUAAUUGUAAAUAUACCAACAUGUUGUUAUUUAAUAUGUAUAACACUCAAAUUCUCUUUAUAGCUGUUAAAUAUAUAUAUUUUUUAUAUUUAU